AUCUGCUAAAUCAUGGCAUUCAAGGAAGCUGAGGACGACAAUGGGAGUCAAUGGAGUGCAUGAAGGAAAGGAAAGCAGCUUCAAGAGAAUGCCAAACACGGAUCCUCCAUUUACACUUGGAAAAAUCAAGAAGGCCAUCCCUCCCCAUUGCUUCCAACGAUCCCUUAUCCACUCCUUGUCCUAUGCUGUUUAUGACCUCUCCUUAAGCUUUCUCUUCUGCUACCUUGCCAUCACAUAUUUCCACCUCCUACCAUCCCCUCUUGCCUACAUCACAUGGCCCGUCUACUGGGUUCUCCAAGGCUGCGUUCUCACCGGUGUUUGGGUCAUUGCUCAUGAAUGUGGCCACCACGCCUUCAGUGACUACCAGUGGGUUGAUGACACCGUUGGCCUAAUCCUCCACUCUGCACUUUUCAUCCCAUACUUUUCCUGGAAAUACAGCCACCGCCGCCACCAUUUGAACACAGGGUCCCUCGAGCGCGACGAAGUGUUUGUCCCGAAAACCAAGUCCCGUGUCGCAUGGUAUUCCAAGUACCUAAACAACCCACCUGGCCGAGCUUUAAGUCUGGCUGUAUCACUUCUGGUUGGCUGGCCCUUAUAUCUAACCUUCAACGUUUCCGGCCGACCCUAUGAUCGCUUUGCCUGUCACUAUGAUCCCUAUAGCCCCAUAUAUUCUGAUCGUGAAAGGCUCCAGGUUUACAUUUCUGAUCUAGGCAUUCUUGCUGCAACUUUUGUGCUCUACAACAUUGCUACGUCACAAGGGCUGGCAUUUCUGGUAUGCAUUUAUGGGGUACCGUUACUUAUUGCUAAUGGUUUCCUUGUCACCAUCACAUACUUGCAGCACACUCACCCUGCAUUGCCACAUUAUGAUUCCUCUGAGUGGGGGUGGCUUAGAGGAGCUUUGGCAACCAUGGAUAGAGACUAUGGGAUCCUGAACAAGGUGUUCCAUAACAUUACAGACACGCAUGUUGCUCACCAUCUCUUCUCUAACAUGCCACAUUAUCAUGCAAUGGAGGCUACGAAAGCAAUCAAGCCACUACUGGGCGAGUUCUAUCAGUUUGAUGAUACUCCGAUUUACAAGGCCUUAUGGAGGGAGGCAAAAGAAUGCCUUUAUGUUGAGCCAGACGACGGUGCUCCCCAAAAAGGCAUGUUCUGGUACCGGAACGAAUUUUGAUGCUGCUGCCUCUAAAAUCUAGCUAGCUAGAUCACCCCCGAGCAAGGGAUCAGUCAAACUAGUAUAAUUGUGUUGCUAAUAAAUGGGGCUGAAGGUGUUGUUGAGCCAAUAAUGGGAUAUAUAGACGUGUGAUGAAAUUCAGCUUCUGAGUACUUCUCUUUUUGUUUGUCAAUGCGGGCGUGGUUCAUCCGCAUUUCUAAAUUAAAAACAUCAA